GUCUGACCCGAUUAAAAUUUGAUCUUUCUUGAAAUGCCAUGCUCUUGACGCACUUGUUCCCGUGAACAUCCCCCGUCCAUUUGUUGUCAUCAAGGAUGGAUAAAAGGAUCACAGUGGUCUCUUAGUUUCAUCGUGUUUGUACAAGUCAACCGCCACAUCGUAUCCUGCACUCAUAACGGUGCGCUGCCCUUGCAUCCUGUGGCUCAAAUUUGUCUAACAACCUCCCGGCACAUUUUCCUUGGCCAUAGAAGAUGGCACGGAAACUCAUCUCAUUCUCAGCCUUUGCUAUCCUUCUGAUGUCAUUUGCUGAAAUCUCCGAAGCAGGUGGUCAUGUGCAUCAUUCAUGUCGAAGAUGGACUGGUGAAGUAUCGCGAUCCGUUUCUAGGCGGGCCAGUGGCGUGCCUUACAGAUAUUUCUCAACCAAUGUUUGUGGUUAAUAAUGCGAUAUACACAUUGCAAAAUCUGCUUGGCGACGGUGAGGGUGAACUCGCCCUUCUGGCAAAAGAUAUAUCAAUGUUACGUCGUUUAGCAAUCUGUCUGGAUUAUAAUCCUACCAUGCAUGAUGCGGUGCGGCGUUGCAAGUUCGGUUGCAAUCACAUUCAGAAAGUCAUGCUAAUGUUGUCUCGAAGUGUUUGGUGUUUGUUCGGUCUACGGCUUUUCGCAAACGCUCAUAACCAGCCUGGCUUAUACAACGGGAAUCGCGAGUUAUAUACCACUGUCCAUCGAGACAGGGGAGGAGAGGAUACAAUGUAUUGGAGUCGAUAUGGUUACUGCGGUCUUUACCUCGAUACCUCCCUCGGCGAUUUUCCUCUUCGCGACAUUUUGGCGGGCGGUAAUGAAAUGGAUGACUCUUAA